AUGGCAUCAAAAGGAAAGAAACCAACGAGAAGAACAGCUAAAGGAAGAAGAACAAGAAGCAACUUCAAGAAUCCAUCUCCUCCGUGUAGUAUCAACAGUGACGUCACUUCAACGACAGCAUCACCUACUUCACCCUCAUCAACCGCCACGUCAACAUCGUCGAUUCCAGCUAGCGGAUGUUGUACUCCGAAUUCGAAGAAGUCACGGAUACCGGAUAUGCUGACGUGUCCGCCUGCACCGAAGAAGCAAAGGGUGGCGCAAAACUUUGCUUUGAGGAGGAGGCAAAUCGCUUUCUUUGCUCCUCCAGACGUAGAGCUCUUCUUCGUUUUCGCACUUGGUCAUAAUCAUGGUCAGCAAAUCACUAAAUAA